UGUCACUUUGUAGAUGGGCGAAUCUAUGACUUGGGCCAAACAUGAUACGGUACUCGGUACCUAGCUGCUCGUAUUCUAAAACUUACCAGCUUGUACAUAAGUAUUCCCGGCUCGAGCAGACAGUAUUACGCACCUCAAUUGCUCUCUGACUACUCUUGAAUGAAUACCAUGUCUGCUCCCCAGGCGUCUGCUGGGGCUACUUUCGAGGAUCUCAGCGGAGUAUCAACAGCAACCUUCAGCAACCCCUACGAUGCGUUGAUCAAGGCUUCGAAGAACGACCCCGUUCAAAUGCAAGCGCUCUACAACACGCACAGGAGCACAAGGAACAGCCAGCAGAAAGCCAAGAUGCUCGACAAAGACUUCCUGGGGCCAAAUAUUGACCCUAUCUUACUCAGGUUGAGUGAUCCUACCAUAGAGCCCGGUUUCGUCGACCCGAGACAUUGCCUCGUGUUCUGGGGACGUCCAAGCGAAUGCAUCAAGAACCUGAUCGAGCGUGUCCAACAGGAGUUGCUUGCAGCGGCGCCAAAUCUUUGGAUCAUGCCCCGGGAAAACCUGCAUAUCACUGCAUUGGAAGUCACCCACUCGAAGAAGCAGGAAGAGAUACAGCUGAUCGUCGACUCUGUAAGGGACAAGAUCCCCAGCAUCACUGACUUUACCUUCGAUCAUCGGGCUCGCUUGAUCAAACCGAUGAUCGGUUUCGAUGCGUCUGCACUUGCGCUCAGCUUCGUCCCUGCUACGGGAGAACCAUCCGAGUUGGCAAGGACCAGACGGGACGACGCAUACACCUACCACCAUUUACGACGUGACUUGUACUCUGUCUGUCAGGACAUUGGCGUCGCCGUCGAUUCCAGAUAUGUCGUGCCUUCUAGCCAUCUCACUAUCGGCCGCUUCAUCAACUCCAGUGAUUUCGCCGAUGACAAGGGCGCCUACAACCCACAGAAGAUGGAAGCAUUCAUCAAAAAGAUCGAGGAGAUAAACGAAUGGCUUGAAAAGGAAUUUUGGCCAGAGCACAACGAGGGCAAAGUGCCAGCCGGCGGAGAUUGGCUAGUCGGACAAGAGAAGGGUCUCAACUGCCGCAUGGGAACACUCUGGUAUGGUGGUGGUAGUUCCAUUCACGCAGAACCUAUCUACCUAAUGGUAAAUAUUAGUCAGUUCAUAAGCUCUCUGCAGGGAGAUUCGCCCCAAGUUCUGUACGAGUCUGCGAUCCUGAUGGCGCAAGUAAAAGAAUUUUGUACCCUUCUCUUCCAAAACACAUACAUCAUGUUCAAUCGAGAAAGGCUACCUGGCCUUCCGGGCAGUUCGCCUCGCCCUCCACAGCGCAACGACGGCUACGGGCGACCACCGCAACAACCACCACCACCACAAGCGCCUCCACAACGAUCACCCGGUUACGACGCAAGGGCAAGCGGAUACGAUCAGCCGCCACCCCCAGGCUACCCGGUCCAAGGCGGCCAGCAGCGCAUGCCUGCACGCGAGUCACAGUCGGGACGAGCGCUCCAGCUGCGGCCCAUCAAAAGCCCGGGGGGCAACGCCUAUGCCUUUGGCAACCUGGUAGCUGUGUCACCCCAAGACUUUCCACCCUCGCGCGAUGGGUCCGACGUCUACAUUAAAGUGAACCGCAACUACGUCCUCUCCGCGAGACCCACUGAAGGCUGCCGGCCCGGCGAGAUUGGCCUCACGGAUGCACAACGCACGUGGGCGGGCAUCUCGCUUGGUCCUCAAGAUGUUGUCACGGUCGAGCAUUAUGAUGCUUUCAGCCAGGGUGGGCAGUCAUACCUUGGGAAUCUAGAGGUCGAGGUCGGGUUUGCUACCAGGAAGACCACAGAGGCCCCAUAUGACCAGGAGGAGCUUGGGGCUAUCUUCAAGAAGAACUUCGAGAACCAGGUUCUUGCGCCCGGACAGCAACUGCUCGUCGAUGUCAAGAGUAUCGUCCUACGAAUGUCUAUUCGAACUGUACAACUAGUCGACCUCUCGAUGGAAAAAUCAGAGUCUGCAUCAGGAGCGACUCUGACAGAUCCUGGCGCUCGCGGAAUACUAACGCGACACACCCAGAUAGACUUCUUCAAGGAUGCACGUACCGACAUCAAGAUCAAGGCCUCUAGCCGACGCCCUGCCGCCAAUUCCAUCAUCCAGCCGGGUUUCAAGUUUGAGGACAUGGGCAUUGGUGGGCUGGACACAGAGUUUAGCGCCAUCUUUCGAAGAGCGUUUGCUUCGCGUAUCUUCCCCCCUGGCCUUGUGGAGAGACUCGGUAUACAGCAUGUUCGUGGUAUCCUUCUUUACGGUCCCCCAGGAACUGGCAAAACACUCAUAGCUCGCCAAAUCGGCAAGAUGCUGAACGCUAGGGAGCCAAAGGUCAUCAACGGCCCUGAGGUACUCAACAAAUACGUCGGUCAAUCCGAAGAGAAUAUCCGGAAGAUGUUUGCCGACGCCGAGAAGGAGUACAAAGAGAAGGGCGAUGAGAGCGGCCUGCAUAUCAUUAUCUUCGAUGAACUUGAUGCAGUUUGCAAGCAAAGAGGUUCUAGUUCUGGUGGCACUGGUGUUGGUGACAGCGUUGUGAACCAGCUGCUGUCGAAGCUCGACGGUGUCGAUCAACUAAACAACAUCCUGCUUAUCGGCAUGACCAACCGUAUGGAUAUGAUCGAUGAAGCUCUUCUUCGUCCUGGUCGUCUUGAAGUCCACAUGGAAAUCUCGCUCCCCGAUGAAGCUGGCCGUGCGCAGAUUCUCAAGAUUCACACGACUAAGAUGCGCAACAACAAUGUAAUUGAGGGCGAUGUCAACGUCGAGGAACUAGCGAAACUUACCAAAAACUUUUCAGGUGCGGAGAUCAAUGGUCUGGUAAAGGCAGCCUCGUCGUACGCAUUCAGUCGCCAUAUCAAGGUUGGCACAAUGGCAUCCAUCAAUCCAGAUGUUGAGAAUAUGAAGGUCAAUCGCGAGGACUUCCUACAUGCUCUUGAGGAAGUCAAGCCCCUGUUCGGUGCUGCAGAGGAGGAGCUUGGACAGCGUGUCCGCGGCGGUAUCAUCCAUUUCUCUCCCUUCAUCAACGACAUUCUCGAAGAGGCUCGGCUUUUCAUCAACCAGGUCAGGAAGGGAUCGACACCUGUGCUCUCUGUUGCCCUGCAUGGGCCUCCCGGGAGUGGUAAAACGGCCCUUGCAGCGAAAAUGGCUAUGGACUCGGAGUUUCCGUUCAUCAAGCUUGUGUCGCCAGAAGAUAUGGUUGGGUUUAGCGAGAUGCAGAAGGUACAGCAGCUUGACAAGAUUUUCCGAGACGCAUACAAGAGUACCCUGAGCAUAAUCGUAAUUGACAACAUUGAGUUGCUCGUUGAUUGGGUACCCAUCGGACCUCGAUUUAGCAACAGUGUGUUGGUCGCGCUCAAGGUCCUGCUUGCGAAACCACCACCCAAGGACCGCCGGCUGUUGAUUUUCGCAACGACCACUGAACGUUCAGUGCUCACUCAGCUGGAUCUUUUCAGCCGUUUCGAUGCAGACAUUGCGGUACCCAAUGUUAACUCGCAGCCCGAGCUUGCGCAAGUGCUACAACAGUCAGGGGCCUUCUCAGACCGUGACCAACAGCGAGCUAUCGGAGAAAUACAGGAGAUUACCGGUAGCAGCGAUGUAGGCGUAGGUAUCAAGAAGAUCUUGACGGCCAUCGAGACGGCAAAGGAAGAUCAAGAUGUUCCCGGCCGCUUUGCCAGGGUCAUGUCAAGUGCGAUCUCAGCGAACAGGAGCUCGUUCACCUAAAGACAGUAUCGGGAGGUUGGCACUUUUGCAGAUCAUAGAAUACUACCGUAAGAUGCAGGCCCCAAAGCAGGCCGUGCGUUAUUUGAUACCUAAAACAUGGAAGCUCUUCGACAUUGCAC